AUGACACACAGAGCAGAUAAAAUGGAAGAUUAUACCUCUAGGAAGGAAGAAAGAACUUCCAGCAGCAUCAAUAAAGAGGAGGAAGAAGCUAAGGAAGAAUAUGAGAGUAAAAUUGAUACACGUGGUACAAAGGAGAGUGAAAAACAGCUCCUGAUUCAAGAGUCUGCUUUGCUCAAACCUUACAGGAUUGAAGUGUUUGCUGCAGUCGUCGACCUCCUUAACACCAUGAAAAUAAAAUGGUGGAUAUCUGAUGGUACACUGCUAGGCUGGUAUAGAAACAACCAGUCAAUGCUCCCACACGACUAUGAUAUGGACAUUGGUGUAACUGAGGAUGACAUACAAGCAGUGUGGAAGAACAGGGCUAAACUACCUACAAAUAUAGAGCUCCAAAAUGUGUCCUCAAAAAAACUCGCUGCUUAUCACCUCGAGUUACCACCAGAGCCGGAAUCUGGCACAUUUUUUUGGUUGGCACCAACAGAUAUCAUCUCAUAUCAAAAAGAGGCAACUCGUGAUAUUUGGCACUGCAAUUUUGAUGUGAAUGGAAUGCACUUGAGCUACAGUGAGUUUCCCAAUGAUGUUCUUUUCCCUUUGGUGGAGUCUAAGUUUGAAGGUGUUAGCGUGUACGUACCUCAAAAACCAAAAGAGUAUCUUGAGAUAUUGUAUGGUUACAUUGGAGAGGAUGCAGUCUGGGACCCAGCAACUAACAAGUACAAGAAGAAGAAUGAUGAUGCAUAG